AAAUUUCUACAGGAUACAGACAGCACAAUGGUGAAGAUCACAGGUUUCAUCACGCGAGACGUGAGAUUUCCGACCUCCCUCGACAAGACUGGCUCCGAUGCCAUGAAUGCCGCGGGCGACUACUCCUCAGCCUACUGCAUCCUCUACACAGACUCUCCCUACUCCGGACAUGGAAUGACAUUUACUAUUGGCCGCGGUAACGAAAUCGUCUGCUCAGCCAUCUCCCUCCUAGCCCCGCUGGUAGUCGGCAAAGACCUCGACGAGUUGACCUCAAACUGGGGCGCGACAUGGCGCUACCUCGUCUCUGACAGUCAACUGCGCUGGAUCGGACCCGAAAAGGGAGUCAUUCAUCUUGCGCUUGGCGCUGUCAUCAAUGCCCUCUGGGAUCUAUGGGCCAAGAUCCUCAACAAGCCUGUUUGGAGGAUCGUUGCUGAUAUGACCCCCGAAGAGUACGUGCGCUGCAUUGACUUCCGCUAUAUCACUGAUGCAAUUACGCCUGAAGAGGCGGUUGCCCUAUUGAAGGAGGUGGAAGGGGGCAAGGCAGAGAGAAUUAAGGAAGCGGAGCAAAGCAAGGCUGUCCCCGCUUAUACGACUAGUGCGGGGUGGCUUGGGUAUGGGGAGGAGAAGCUGAAGGCGCUUCUGAAGCAAAGUGUUGAGCAGGGGUAUAAGCAUUUCAAGCUGAAGGUGGGCGCGAACUUGGAGGAUGACAGGAGGCGCUUGACAAUUGCGAGGGAGGCGAUUGGGUAUGAUAAGGGGAACAUCCUGAUGGUUGACGCAAACCAGGUUUGGUCCGUCCCCGAAGCGAUUGAAUGGAUGCAAAACCUCGCCGAGUUCAAGCCCUGGUUCAUCGAGGAACCAACCUCCCCGGAUGACAUCCUCGGUCACGCAGCAAUCAAGAAAGCCUUGGAGAACACACCCCACGGCCCCAUCGGUGUCGCCACAGGCGAGAUGUGCCAGAACCGAGUUAUCUUCAAGCAGCUUCUGCAGGCCGGCGCUCUGACGGUUCUGCAGGCGGACGCUUGCAGAGUCGGCGGCGUCAACGAGGUCCUCGCUAUUCUGCUGCUUGCGAGGAAGUUCGGUGUGCCGAUUGUGCCGCAUUCCGGUGGCGUGGGCUUGCCCGAAUACACGCAGCAUCUGAGCACGAUCGACUAUGUUGUUGUUAGUGGAAAGAAGAGUGUGCUGGAGUAUGUCGACCAUCUGCAUGAGCACUUCUUGCACCCAUCCAGUGUGAAGGACGGGUAUUAUGUCACGCCGUUGGAGCCGGGCUAUAGCGUUGAGAUGAAGCCGGAAAGUAUGGAUCGGUUCUCGUUCCCUGGAGAGGAAGGGGUGAGUUGGUGGAAGUCCGAGGAGGCGAAGGUUAUUCUGGAAGGACCUAGGAUAUAA